CGCGGCGCGACUCUGUUAGCGCGCUAGUGUAGCGCGCAGCGAGCGGCGGAGCGAUGUUACAGCAGCACCAGGCAGGCUCCGGGAGCGGGCCCGCAGUCCGGGGGCUCCAUUUAGCGAGACACGCGGGCCUGCACCCUGUAAACCCGGCUCUCCAUCAAUCACAACACCACCUGCACCACGACGCCCCGGAGAACGGAGUCGAGACGCGGAAAGACAUCGGCGAUAUUCUGCAGCAGAUCAUGACGAUCACGGACCAGAGCUUGGACGAAGCGCAGGCAAAAAAGCAUGCGUUAAACUGUCACAGGAUGAAACCGGCGCUGUUCAGCGUUUUGUGUGAAAUCAAAGAAAAGACCGGUCUGUCCAUGCGCAGCGCUCACGACGAGGAGCCUAGUGACCCACAGCUUGUGCGAUUGGACAACAUGCUGCUGGCCGAGGGCGUGUCUGGUCCUGAGAAAGGGGGCGGAGCUGCAGCGGCCGUCUCCGCGGCGACCUCGGGGGGUGGAGUCUCACCCGACAAUUCCAUCGAGCAUUCCGAUUACCGGAGCAAACUGGGACAGAUCAGGAAUAUAUACCACUCGGAGCUGGAGAAAUACGAGCAGGCGUGUAACGAGUUCACGACCCACGUGAUGAACCUGCUGCGGGAGCAGAGCCGCACGCGCCCCGUCUCGCCCAAGGAGAUCGAACGCAUGGUGGGCAUCAUCCACCGCAAGUUCAGCACCAUCCAGAUGCAGCUGAAGCAGAGCACCUGCGAGGCCGUCAUGAUCCUGCGCUCGCGAUUCCUCGACGCCAGGCGGAAGCGUCGUAACUUCAGCAAGCAGGCGACGGAGGUUCUGAACGAGUAUUUCUACUCCCACCUCAGCAACCCCUACCCCAGCGAGGAGGCCAAGGAGGAGCUAGCCAGGGAGUGCAGCAUCACCAUGUCCCAGGUGUCCAACUGGUUCGGUAACAAGAGGAUUCGCUACAAGAAGAACAUCGGCAAGUUCCAGGAGGAGGCAAAUCUGUACGCAGUGAAGACGGCCGUGGGAGCGACGCAGGGGGGGGAGUCACCAGAGACCCCCACCUCCACAGGGUCUGGCUCGUUCUCUCUCCCUGGCUCAGCUGACAUGUUCAUGGGGAUGCCGGGGCUCAAUGGAGACUCGUUCCACGGAGCAGUGCAGGGGGAGCCUCUUGGUCAGGGGAUGACUCGAGGCCGCUACACAGACAGGCUGGGAGCUAAUCACAUGUACACCUCCCCAGAGAACAGGGCUAACGGAGGCUGGCAGGAAGCAGCCACGCCCACCUCUGUGACCUCACCCGGAAGUGACCACUCGGAGAACUCCAACUGAUCAUUUUGCCCUGCCGUUGGCUGCAGUGGAUUCCGGAGGGGCGGGGUCCUGGUUUUAUAUAUAUAAGAGAAUCGUUUGGUUUGGGGGGGGGGGGGGGGCGGGGGGGUCUUUACGAGAUUUCAGUUUGUAUUUUUGUUUAUUUUUCUCAUUCUGUUUUCAGCUUAGACCAAGAGAGAGAGAAGGGAUGAGUGUGUUUGAACUCACUCUGGGUAAGCAUGUGUUAGUGUGUGAUAGAGGGGGGAGGGAGAGGACUUAGGAACUGUUCUUAGCCUGUCCUGUGCUUUGCUGCUUGGGAAGGUCAUGCGACUCGGAUCCACAAAACUAACAAACAAAGAGGAGGAGAGACGCAUCGCUGGUGUGGAGCUCGUCACCCUGCUGAAGGCCCCGUCUGUGGAAUAAGCAGGGCGAUUUGAUCAGCCUGCACCCUGCCACACGACAGCUCCCGUCUCCCUCUCCCUGGAUCCCUGUCUGUCUUUUACAGCAGUGGGGAGUCACCCUGGAGGUCUGUGUUAGUCCUGGGAUAAUGAAUAGAUUGCCUCCAGGGCUGUAAAGUGCUCUAAUACAAAAGCCCAGCUGCGGUGCAGCAUCCCUCACGCUAAUCAGUUUGUUUAGUUUUUAUACCGUUAGUCAUUAACAACCUGUACAGAAUCACUACGUGUGUGUGUGUGUGUGUGUGUGAGAGAGAGAGAGAGAGAGAGAGAGAGAGAGAGAGAGAGAGAGAGAGAGAGAGAGAGAGAGUCUUUAAGACACCUGACUUUGGACACACUACUAAACUGUAAAUACAGCAGAAUUAUAUAAAACGGGAUAAAAACUAGUUACAAAUCACAAAGAUGAAGACGAGGGGCUGGCGGGGAGGCCAACUCACGCUAACAGCCACCCCACGUCUGAACAGAACUACACCAAAACAAGCAGUUCAAACUGCGCUUCAUAACAAGCUGGGUGUUUGUAUUGUGAUGAUUAUUAGUAUACCUCAAAAGCAGCUCGUUCAAAAUCCAUUUGAAAGGGCCACUCCCCCCCCCCCCCCCCCCCCCCUUUAAAAAUAAUAAUUGAAAUGUUUUUUUUUAUUCUUAUUGUCUCGUAUUAAAGUGAGCUGAACCACCUUGGCUCUGCUUCCAAAGAGAACUACAAACAUGGCGUUCACGUGCUGGGGCUCCUAUUGGUGCCACCAUCUUGAUUGUAGUUUUUCAUCACAGGUCGCUGUUUUGUUAAACCGUCCUGUAUUGUAAUGUAGCUUGCCGGGAUUGUAGGGUGAAUGUUGCUUGAAACUGUCACUCCCAAAAAGGUAUUUUUAAAACUUUAAAGAUGAUUGAAAUGAUAGAAUAGAUGGACCUUCGGUUUAUCAGAUUAUUCCUAAGAAAGUCGAGACAUGGAAAGUGUGACUCAUCAUGAUCUUGUGGUCUAUGUGCGACUUCUAGUUUUCUUUUGAUUUCCUUUUUAACUGUUUGUAUAUUGUGUGUGCGUGUUUUGAAGUGUGUGCGACCAGAUCUCUUUUAAUAAAACUGUUUGACAGCAAAUAGACUAACAGUGUCCUGUACAGUACUACCUACCUCUCUGAGUAUUUUAAAUAAAACUUUCACACACUUUUCAAA